AGAAGGGAAGAAGAAAAAGAAACGAAAGACGAUUAAAGAGAAAAAUAAACCCACCUGUGAGCAAAAGAAAAGAGGACAUCCAAGCACACCUUCCCAUUCUGAUGACUCGGCAUAGGAUCUACUCUGUAGUCCUAAUCCUUCAUCCUUGCGCAGAUCAACAGCUGUUCGGCUUGGAAAGUGAAAACCAACGCGACCCAGUUCAGCAGCUUCUUGUACACGGUGAGAUCAGAUCAGGUCAGAUCAGAUCGCCCUGGUUUGUGACUCCAGCUCAUUUGUUAAAUGAAUGUCGGAUGUUGGAGAGCAUGGCAGAGAGCAAAUUGAUCUUCCAUGCCCAGGAGGUGAUGGAGGAGAGAGCCGUCCUGCGCCUUACAUCCGCCUGAUCGACACAUGUUGUGCGUCCAUGGAUACCUGCACCGUCGCCCAACAGGUGGAGAGCGUCGAGCGGAACAUCGCAUUCUUGCAAAAAGAGCAUCAGGUCCUCCUGACUGGCCUGCGCCUGGAGAUCCGUCACCUGAAGAAGAGAUGUAAUGAUCUGAGCUGUGAACUGAGCAAAAGCUCUCCUGAGAGAAACAGAGAAGAUAUAGUAGCUGAGGAGGAGUUUCUUCAGGCUCGCUUAUUGCAGACGGAACAUAACCUGGCCGAACAGGAGUGCUCGCAGCGGGAGCUAAAAGCCAAGCUCCGGCACAAGGGGGCGCAAGCGAGCGCUCUGCAGGUGCGGCUGCGCGAUGAGGAGCGACGCUUUUUGGAGGAGCUGAAGCGGCGCAGUCAUAAGAUCACGGCGCUUAGCCGCGAUCUCCACAAGCAGACCGACAUCGCUGCCCAGCUCACUUUCCAACUACACUCAGCACGCUUCCGCCUUUACCACCAGGCAGAGGAAGAAGAUGACGAGGAGGAAGGCGAAAGAGACAAGAAGGGUCCAGGCUGUUUGUCAAGCUCUCCACAGGUCUCAACAUCCAGAGCUGAAGCCAGACAUCGUAGCCACUGUUCAGCACGAUUGCGAAGGUCAGAACGAGUGAGGGAAUGUGUGCCACAGGAACGCAUACUGGGGCCGGAGAAGCCCCGCCCAAUGCCUGACCCCACCCUCUUCCUGUAUCCCUUCACACAAAGGCUUCUCCCUCUGCACAUAUCACUGGGAGGGCACUGUGGAGAGGGGGAUUCACAAAGGCGGAUGGGUAGAUUACGGACCCGAGCAAUGAGAGAGGACACCGGACCAGAGACUACAGAUUUAUAGUGCGACAGUGGGAUAGAGACUGAUUAGUUGCACUUUAGUUCACUUGUAUAGUCUAUAGCAUUUCUUACUGCAUCUUUACUACUCAUUUGAGCAGUGACGGCUCGUCCAGGUUUGGGCAGGUAUGGCUGAGCUCCACCAUUUACAAUAUAUCAGCCGUUCAACAAAUGUUAAUCUAUGUAAAGUCCUCAUUCACAACUCCAUACAUUUUGAAUUCAGUUGAAAUACCAAUCACCGUUUUUGAGUGCCCAAUGAUUUAAAAUAAAAAUAAAAAAACAAACAAAACGUAGCUAUUUACAGAUAUUUUCCCCGUUUAGCUCUAUAAGAGUUAUUAAAAUUUGGCCUAGUGGUCAAAAUGGGAACUGCGUCGAGCACUAAUAAAAGCCCAUUGGAGUGUGAAUCACACUGCCCCAUGCCCACGCUGUGAACAUUUUCAGUGGAGGAGGAGCGACAGACAGGACAGUUAAUGACAGGGUUGUCAGGGUCAUGGUUUUUAUGCCGAAUCGCAGCGGUUAAAUAUACUGUGCGUCCACCAGGAUCUCGUUUCAAAUCCAAAUGAAAUCUAAUAAACGUCUCAAAACAAAGGCGAGGUGUAAGCGCAGACAGUGUGUCUACUGUAUGACUGUAAGAUAUUUUGCAAGGAUUGGAAGAGGGAAAGACGGAUUAUAGAGUGGAUAAUGUCUGUACAUCAGAAAUGCGUGUGUACAGUACCGCAGUGACCUUGUUUUCCACACAAAGGCUGAAAAAAAAAGAAGAAAAACAUGCCUCCUUUUAAUAAUGUUCAAAUUUCUUUGGACUAGUUUCAGGACUUUUGUGUGUGUGUUUUGAGAUGUAUGUGGACUGGGAUUUUUUCCCUGAAACCUGGCAACCCUUAACGAUUAAUGAUAUUAGCUCUUCGGGAACCUCACAUGCUGUGUGGAUCACAGUUGAACUGACGUAUGUAUAGACGUAUGUAUAUGCUGGAUGUUCUCGUCUCUUACCUGCCUCUUACCGGACAUUACAGGGUGUAGGGUUUCUUUAAAAAGUCACUAGAUACUGUAGUAGCAUGAGUCAAUUGUGAUAGCCUCUUGACAUAAUUGUGCCUGACGUUAUGUCGUUAUUAACAUAGUCCUGCAACACCAAAACCUAUGAUCACAAGCCGCCGCUGCUGUAUUGGGGUGAUCAGGGUGGCUCACUUGUCCUUUCUCUAGUACAGUGAUGUUUAACCAAUACAAAACAUACAUACAGUAAAGAAUGAAGUAGUCAGUACUCUCAUACAGGUGUUCAGCUGUUCCAUGUCGUUGACCUGCAGUUAGCUAGUUAGACGUGUCAAUGAAGUAGAAGGUUUCACUCUCUCUCAGGCUGGUAUCUAUUGUAUUGUGAGUACAAAUCGUAUGCACUUAACACCAGAAGAAAACUGAGCCGACUCUGUAGAUCUGUACAAUUGUUGAUCAUGACAAACGUAUUUGUCCACAGAUGACACAGACACUACAAAUCACCAAAUGUUAACAGCUUUUGUUCGUUUAUUUAUUUAUUUAUUUAUUUUUUAAGAUUAACAAGCCACUUGAACAGUUAGAGUUUGGAUACCGAACAAACAGGAGUGAUGUAUAAGACAUAUGAAUAAAAAGA